GCCGCCAUCUUGUUUGUUGUUGUUGGCCCGCGGUUCAAUCAUGGCGAUGCAUGCUAAAGCGACUCCGCCACAGAUUCCCGACACCCGCCGUGAGCUCUCGGAGCUCGUCAAGAGGAAACAAGAGCUUGCGGAGACGCUGGUGAACCUGGAGAGACAGAUCUAUGCGUUCGAAGGCAGCUACCUGGAGGACACGCAGAUGUACGGCAACAUCAUUCGAGGAUGGGACCGCUAUCUAACCAACCAGAAAAACUCCAACAGUAAGACUGACAGAAGGAACCGGAAAUUCAAGGAGGCAGAACGUCUGUUUAGUAAAUCCUCCGUAACCUCAGUGGCAGCUGUGUGUGCUCUCGGUGGCGUCCCUGAUCACAUGAAUGAAAAACGCGAGGCAGGCAGCGGCACUGAGAGCGACGCGUCUCCGGACCUGCAGAACCAGGAGAACGAGCCGGGUCAGGAGGAGGCGGAGGACGCAGACGGAGCACUGCAGGACCUGAAGCCUCAGAAAGCCGCGUCGUCCUCCAGCUCCACCAACACGGGCCACCACAGCAGUCACAAGAAACGCAAAAACAAGAACCGACACAGAUUUGACAUGAAGAUGAAUAAAAAGCCCAGAGCGGAUUAUUCAGCCUGAUGCUGAAGAUGGAGUGUGUUUGACCUGGACUAUAUCCACCAUCCCACACACACACACACACACACACACAGCUGCUCCGAUUGAUCCAGCUGCAGGCUGCGUUUAUAUCUCAUCACUCCCAUCAGCCGUUUACCGAAUCCUAGUGCACGUGUGAUUUUAUAAGCUCCCUCCUCUUCCUCAGCGUCCUCGCCGAUCGGUUUCGUACAUCGUCACGUCAGCGCACGCGGAUGCUCCGCCCAAUCCAUUUCACACGUGAACAUACCUCACCGCAUCGUUUUCUUGCGUAUUGGUAUAUUUUUAACGCCGUAUUUCCAUCGUGUCCGUAUUUAUGAUGCUCUAUUUUUUUUUUUUUUUAAUUUUUAAAAUCUUUUUUUUUUUUUUUUUUUGGGGGAAAUGAAUUAUUUUGUAAGUGAAGAAAGGAGGAUCGUGUCGUCGUUUCCAUUGUUGGUUUUUACUCUGUGGAAAUAAAAGCAUUUUAAAAAAUAAAAACAAAAUCAAGUGUUGGGCUUUUUGUUUAUUAUUUGAUUAUUCAUAACAGCUUUUUAAAAAAUUAGGUUUGAAAAUGUGAUUUUAUUGAUUAUAUUAACAGCAGAGAAGAAGAUAUUUAAAUUCAGAUCAUUAGAUAC